CAGUUAGUUUCAAUACUACAGUUAAUACAAAAAAUAAUGAAAGUUUAAUUUGAACUAACUAACAUUUAAUUGGGGGGGGGUUAAGGUGUAAAUAUCUGAAGUCCUAAUGCUCUUUGCAAUAAAGAUUACUUUGAUUAUUUGAUUUAUAUCGUUUUUAAUAUCGUUAUCGCACAAAAUGAAAAAAACUAUAUCGCAAUAUGAAAAUUCCCAUAUCGCCCAGCCCUAAGUAGUUGUGGUUGCUGUGCUUUGUGGGUCUCACCUUGAGGUUUCUGAGUUGCUGCUUUGGCCCCCAUAAAACCAGUGUCUGGCUGUAAAAUAGUGUUUGUGUGGGUGGAAACAUUGUAAAAAGUCGACUGGCUUUGUUUUUCAAGAUAUGUUUGAGGACUGGACUGAAGAUGGAUCAAAACUGUCUCCUUUUGCUUACGCAGGAUUUCAGAUGGACAAAGUUUCUUACCUUUGCGUUGAUGCAGCAUAAGCAGUAGAUUGCAUGCUGUAUUUUCAGGUUUUCUUAGGUUUAAAGAGGCAUUUAAAGAGGCAUUUUUAGCUGUUGCAGUUCAACCCUGACUUUCUCAUUUUGCUGUCUUUUGUGUUUCUACAGGUGCUCCCUGUAGUCUUGAUUACAUUUAAAUUGGUAUCCAUAUUUUCCCAUUACUUCUCAGGUUUAAUGGCAGUGUAUUGGAAUGUUUGGGAAUUGAUGCAGAGGUCACGCUGCUCUGUGGGAAAUAAUGUUGUUCUGUACCCUCUUGUCUACAGGUCCGGGUUGUUUGUGCCUCAGCAUGGCAGUCGUCAUCCGUUUACAGGGACUGAGAGUCACCGCAGGUUCCGAGGAUAUUCGAAAGUUCUUCACUGGCCUCAAAAUUCCAGAUGGAGGGGUCCAUAUAAUUGGUGGGGAGCAAGAGGAAGCGUUCAUAAUUUUCGCUUCAGAUGAAGAUGCAAGAAGAGCCAUGACACGCUCAGGGGGUGUCAUUAGGGGCUCACCUGUGACCCUGCUGCUGAGUAGUAAAACGGAGAUGCAGAAUGUGCUUGAAAGAACAACACAAAUCGUUGAGCUGGAUCAGAAGAGGCAAAAUGAGGCAAAUGAACCAUAUGCAGGGAGAUCUGCUGAUCCUAAAGUGGACCGGAGGUCAAGUGGUCGCACAGAAUUUAGUCCUCCCAUUGACCGUAAAAGGGACAUGGACACAGAAAGAUAUUUUGUGGUGUUUCUAAAUGGACUGCCGUUCUCUGUGACCGAAAAUGAAAUCUGCGAGUUUUUCAAGGGUUUAGAGACAGAUGAGAUUGUGUUGCUGAAGAACCACAGAGGGCAAAACAACGGAAAAGCCUUUGUCCGGUUCGUAUCAGUGGAAGACGCACUGGAAGGCUUGAAAAGGAAUAGGGAAUACAUCGGGACGAGGUAUGUGGAGGUCUGCACAACAACGGUCAACGAGUGGUAUCGUGCGACUGGUAGAAUGCCGAUGGGUGUCAACAUGGACGAUAAUUUUGAAAGAGGGAGAAUGCCUGAUCACAGUCAAAGAACCCCACAGCAUGCACGCUCACGAUCCCCCAUGAUGCAACGGCAUGCGCUCGCUUCGGAAGAAGAGUACUGCGUUCUGUUGGACAACCUGUCCUACGGUAUGGAAAAAGACGAUAUAAAGCAAAUGUUUCGCAACGCAAAGCUCGACAAUGACCAGAUCUUGUACUUAACUGAUGGUGAGGGGAAAAGGACAAGAUCUGCGUUUGUGCUGUUCAAGAGUUUCCACGACUACAGCGACGCCAUAAGCAAUGAGAAAAAACUGCUUUACAACCGAUGGGUGAACGUCCAACCCAUCUCCAGAGAGAACAUGUUGUCUCUUCUGCAGUCACAGAAUACGGCUGUAAGACCUCCUGAAAACAACCAGAGCUAUCAAGAGAGACCUCCAUCACACCCCAGGGAUUCCUAUGAGUCUGAAAAAGCCUGCGUGUUUGUGAGAAACCUUCCAUUUGAUGUCAGAAAAGUUGAAAUAAUGGACUUCUUUCAUGGGUUUAACGUCUCAGAGAGCAGAGUGUCGGUGCUUCAUGGCCCUAAAGGUGCUGGUGUUGGACAGGCUGUGGUCCUUUUUGAGUCUGAGGCAGCGGCCAUGGAAGCGCUCUGUCUUAACGGGCAAAGGUUUCUUGGGUCUGAAGUCAUCCUGAAGUGCAUUUCACGUUUUCAAAUGAAGCAGCUGACAACUGAGCCACAAAUGCGACAAGAACCGCCAUCAAGGGAGGAGUGGUACCCAGGCAGGCGCAGCAGGAGCAGCGAACCAUCUUUUCGCCCAGAUAACGCUUUGUACUCUGACUUUAGGAAUCCCAGGGAUGGUAUUUUGCCUCAAGGGAAUGCGCAGAGCCACAUGCACAGAGGCAGUGAUUACGAACCACCUGCUGUGAAACCUCGGCCGUCACGAGACUGGGGUAAUGGAGCCCAUGGUAGUUUUGGCUCCCCUGUGCAGCACUUUGAUGGUCCCACGUGUGUGCAGUUGGUCAACUUGCCCUUCCAGAUCAAGAGUGAAGAAAUCUAUGACUUCUGUUAUGGAUACCGUAUCAUACCUGGAUCUGUCUCACUUCAGUAUGACCAGGGUGGAAAACCUAAAGGCUCUGCCACGUUGGUGUUUGAGUCUCGCCAGGAGGCCUUAACUGCUCUUCGGGAAUUAAAUGGACGACCAAUUGGACCGAGAAAGAUUGAGCUCAUACUUCUGUAGGACAAUAUUGUCUUCUAAAAGAGCAUGCCCGUGGCUCUUCUUGUUUGACUAAUACUUAAAAAAAAAAGCACAUUUUUUAGUCUGUUCAUUUGUGGUGGGAAGUAAAUUUAUUUUGCCUUUUUGUUUUCUUUUUUUUUUUUUUUUUACAAUAAUGUGAAAAGUUGAUUUUAUUUUUAGUUCAUGCUAUGUAAUGUUUGAGUAAAUGUUUCCCAAUUUUGUAAUCGCCUCGCUUCCCAUCCAUUUACGAAUUUCUGUGCAUCUUUGGACUUUUUUGUGGAAGGUGUUCCUUAAAAAUGAGUUGUUUUUUUAAAUAAAAAUCUUCACACUGACUCUUAAUUUACCAGUUAUGCUAUUAAGGGGAUAUCUGAGGGGUCAGAAAUACAAAUAAAAUGGACAUUGAAAAUAGAAGUUUGAGGUGUGUUUAAAAAAGAUGUGGUAAAAAGCCAAAAAAGAAAUGUUUUUAAAGAAAUAUAAAAACAAGUUUGAUUACAAAAAAGAUUAAUUUCUUUAAAUGUACAUCAUUGAUGAACUAUAUGGAAUCACCAUGUUCUCAAUUAAGCUACCAGGUUUAAGCAGAGAUGGUACACCAUUAAUUCUUAAUAAUUAAAUAGAAACUAGAAGAUUUACAAUAGUUCUUUCUUGAGGAAAUGAGGUAAACUAUUGUAUGACAAAAUUUAAAGUACAAGUAUGCCUUUCAUGUUUUGUGGUAUUUAAUCUUAAAAAUAAAAUCUGUUUACCAGUUCCUCAGAUCUCAUUAAAUAAGUUGCACUUGAUGUAUUUCCUCAACCAGGUGUGUUUAGGGAGACGCGGUGGGCUUGAGAUCAACUGAUAAAGCACAGUGUUGAUAAAAACAAUUUUAUCCAUAAAAAUCACAUGAAGUCUGCAUGGUAAUGACAAAAUAAACGUAAUAUGCAACUUCGCUUUUAAAAAAAAUGCGGAGGCGCUUUUAUUGUGAAAGCUUCAAUUCGGACAGGAAGUUGUGAACUGCAUGUCGCCUCUGAGCUGAUUCAACCACGCGGAGAGAGUUUGAUGUGAAGAAUGGAGGUAUCAAGGAGAAGGAUGAUUCAUAAACACUUGCAGCCGACGAGACCCCUGCGUCGCUGCUCUUACGGUGAUUGUGACCUGCAAAUAACAGCAGCUGCAUGUGACCAGGGACAGUUUAUUCAAGAG